UUCGAGCCCCUGGUUUCGUCGUCAGCUGUGGUGAAUUGUGAAUGUAAUGUGAAAGCAGCUGGGAGAGCUCCGUCGGAAUUCGUGUGUUUGUGGUUUUUGUUGACACUUGUUCCCAGUUUUUUCAUUUGGGUCUUCUGCCGUUUUCGCUUAUUUUAUUUCGCUUUUCGGCAUGAGUCCAGGAGAAUCAUGAAUUGCAUUCCGAUGCGGAGAAGAAAGUGGGGUUUAAAUCUUACCUCUCACUAUUUUUUACCGCUUGUUCGGAAAAGCCGCACUGAGGGACAAGCUUCGCACUGAAUCUUGCUUCAGUUCCCUGAACAGAGCAGUAAUUCCAUGUCUUUGAUUAGGGACCACCUUAUUGGUAUUUGAUGUGAGUUUUUUUCUGCAGGCAUUACUCAAGAAACCGACCGAGCCUCAAGUUUUCAGGCGCUUAGGUUAGCUAGUUCAGUAGGCUGGCUAGCUUGCUAGCUACCUAAUCAAUCCAGGUUGUCUUGGAAAAUGGAGGCUGUUAUUGAGAAAGAAUGCAGUGCGCUUGGUGGACUUUUCCAAACCGUGAUCAGCGACAUGAAGAGCAGUUACCCUGUCUGGGAGGACUUCAUCAGCAAAGCCGGGAAGCUGCAGUCACAACUCAGGGCGACGGUAGUUGCAGCUGCGGCCUUCCUGGACGCCUUCCAGAAAGUGGCUGACCUGGCGACCAGCACACGAGGUGGCACUAGGGACAUCGGCUCAGCCCUCACCAGGAUGUGCAUGCGACACAGGAGCAUUGAGGCCAAGCUGCGGCAGUUCUCAGUGGCGUUCAUUGACUGCCUGAUCAACCCACUGCAGGAUCAGAUAGAGGAGUGGAAGAGAGGGGCCAACAUGCUGGAUAAAGACCACGCCAAAGAGUACAAGAAAGCCAGGCAAGAGAUCAAGAAGAAAUCGUCCGACACGCUGAAGCUGCAGAAGAAGGCCAGGAAAGCCGAUGCCCUAGGACGGGGGGACAUCCAGCCGCAGCUGGACAGUGCCAUGCAGGAUGUGAAUGACAUGUAUCUGCUGCUGGAGGAGACGGAGAAGCAGGCGGUGAGGAAGGCCCUGGUGGAGGAGAGGGCCCGCUUUUGCGCCUUUGUGUCCAUGCUCCGGCCUGUCGUGGAUGAAGAGAUCUCCAUGCUGGGAGAGAUCACCCACCUGCAGACCAUCUCUGAUGACCUCAAAGCCCUGACCAUGGACCCCCACAAACUCCCCGCUGCGAGCGAGCAGGUCAUCCUCGAUCUGAAAGGCUCAGAAUGCAAUUGGUCGUACCAGACUCCGCCUUCCUCUCCCAGCACCACCAUGUCCAGGAAAUCCAGUAUGUGCAGCAGUCUGAACAGCGUAAACAGUAGCGACUCCCGGUCCAGCGGGUCGCACACUCACUCUCCCUCCUCACACUGUCGCUACCGCAGCUCCACCCUGCCGAUGCAGGCCCCCGCCCGCCUCUCCAGCAUUUCCUCCCACGACUCUGGCUUCAUGUCACAGGAUGCCUUCCAGUCCAAGUCCCCCUCGCCCAUGCCCACGGAGACUGUCCCGCAGACACCCUCUAGCUCAGCCUCUUCAGACGCCUCUGAGACCUGUCAAUCUGUCAGCGAGUGCAGCUCCCCUGCCUCUGUCAGCUCCGGCUCGGCCAUGGGUGGGGCCCCAGCCCCUUCCGAAAAGUUGUCAAAUGGGUACGAUCACUAUGGGCCUGCUGAGCCAUCAUACCAGGCAGAAGCGGGCUCCGGGGGGCCCUUCCCCUUCUUCCCUGCCCCUUCCUCCUCUUCCUCCUCAUCAUCAAGGGCCUGGUCCCGGCCAGGCUCCAGCCUGCUGCCCAACUUCCCCCACUAUUGCACCCUGGGGCCGGGCAUGUUCCCCUCCUCCAAAGUGCCCAGCUGGAAGGACUGGGCGAAGCCAGGGCCUUAUGACCAGCCCAUGGUGAACACCCUGAGGAGGAACAAGGAGAAGCGGCAGGCAGCAGACCCCAGCAGCACCAACACACAGGCUGGCAGUGUUCCCUUCACUGAGGAUGACCCCCAGAGGGCCAGGAGCAUGGCCCCCUCCACUACGCCCAGGCCAGAGGACAUGGAGGCCCAUGAGGAGCUGGCCCUGGCCCUGGCCCUGACCCGCGGGCUGCAGCUGGACAUGCAGCGCUCCAGCCGGGACUCCCUGCAGUGCUCCAGCGGGUACAGCACCCAGACCACCACCCCCUGCUGCUCUGAGGACACCAUCCCCUCCCAGGUGUCAGACUACGACUACUUCUCGGUCAGUGGGGACCAGGAAGUGGACCAGCAGGACUUUGACAAGUCCUCCACCAUCCCACGCAACAGUGACAUCAGCCAGUCCUACCGCAAGAUGUUCCAGGCCAAGCGUCCAGCCUCCACGGCCGGCCUGCCGUCCAACGCAGGGCCUGUCAUCGUCACCCCGGGCGUGGCCACCAUCCGCCGCACGCCCUCCACCAAGCCCUCCGUGCGCCGGGCAGCCUCGGGUGGAGGGCCCAUCCCCAUCAAGACGCCCGUCAUCCCGGUGAAGACACCCACGGUGCCCGACCCCCCCGGGGGCGCUGUUUUCGGGCUGGCAGGCACCGAGGAGCCCGAGGAGCCGAUGAGUCCAGAGUCGCCCUCCGUGGGGGAGGAGGGUGAGCCGAUGGCCCUCCUUCCGGCAGCAUCCUGGAGCGGCCAGGCGUCCACCAACCCCCCCUUGCUGCCCACGCACCUGGGAGGCGGUGACUGCGAUGCAGGCCCCCCCGAGGACCCCGAGGCCUUGCUGGAGGAGACGGACUCCCUCGAUGCUCAAGGGGACGACAUGCUCCUGGCCAUCCGCCGGGGAGUCAAGCUGAAGAAGACCAUGACCAACGACCGCUCUGCGCCCCGCAUCGCAUAAGAGCCGGGGGUGGUCGCAAAAGGCUCUCACUCGUGACAGUAUUCACAUCAGGCCGACAAGGCUGCAUCCAUUCCAAUAUUCAAUUAGGGGGGAUGGCCCCCCCAGUUUCUCUUUUUGUGUUUUUUUGUUUUGUUUUGUUUUUUGUUUUGUGAAGAUGCAAUGUUUAAUCGAGAAGGGGGUGUGGUCAGUGAGAAUAUUUCUGAGAAGGGGGAAAAGUCGCAGCUGAGCCGACUGUGUUUGAAAUGGUAAACAAAAGAGCCUUCGCUUCUUUUCUCGUUGUUGCCUCCCUGCGCUCUCUCUUCUCUGAUUGUACUCUGAGGUGCCAAAUGAAGCUGUUGAAGUGACUGAGAUUUUCCUUAUGCGACGGAGCUCUCUAUGAACACUGUUUUUUUACAGUAGAACAUACAAUUUACAGAACAUACAAUAAUUGCAUUAUGAACCCUUUUUUUCCAUUUUUUUUUUUUACACCUUCACAGAACUACUCUACAAGUUAACUCAUUAGCACGGUUGUUGCUCAGUAUUAGAGUCGUAGUUGUCAAAGAGCAGACGCAUUAACCGGUGUAUGGUAAGCAAUACUCUCAUUACUACACUGUAUAUUCCAAAUGUACAACUGUGCCGUGGCAAUACCGUAUGCUAUUGUGAACACAAACUUUACAGGGGGUAGAAAAGCAAAGACCAGCCUGCUGGGAGAAAGGGUGCAAAGGGCUUAUUAAGCAGACAUGUUCAAAGGAAAAGGAGAGAGGCCAUAUUGGAUUAUGGCAUUUUAUUUUCUUAAGAUGUAGUGAGGUUUGUGCUAAUUACAGAGAUCUGGUCCUGUACAGGUCAGGCAGAUGUGCAUUCGGGCAUACCUCUGUUAACGUCCGCUCUUCUGGUGAAGUUAUGUAACUUAUGAGGCUAAAAGCAAUUUAAAACUUAAAUGAGCACAUUUGUAAGCAUUUAUUUAAUUGUGUUAUUUGUUUUCUAAAACCCAGUCUGAAUUGGAUUUCAGUUAAAGCACUGAUGUGGAGCGGUAGCCGGAACUUCCAAUGAAACUGUACAUACGAAAUGGGGAUAGAAACCCAGAGGGCUUAAUUUAUUCUCUUCAGCUUUCUAUUUUUUUUACUUUUCAGGACAGAAUUGAUUAUUUCACACAUUUGCUGUCAGAUUAGCAGAUAUAUAUAUACCAGUUUUCCUGUUCAUAUUGAAAGUGGAUAGCUGUGAUUUCCAAUUGAGUGGACUUAACUUUGAAAAGGUAGUGAUACUUUUUGUCCACCAGGGGGCAUCUGAGAGCUUUGGUGGUGACACCGGUUGCCAGGGUGAGUUUUGGAUGGAAUGAGCCAAUUGGCCAUCAGUUUUUUUUUCAGCUGCCUUUGCUCUGAAGGCCUGAUGUGUUGUGUUUUCCAAAUUUCUGAGCACCCACAGAUCUCUGGAAGGGGAAGCUUUCAGAGCCUCCAAUCUGAUUAUUCAAACUGGUCGCCUAAUGCAUCACAUCACACACAUUGUCCUUGACUCUGUCAUCUUGGGAAUGCAUUUUUAGCACAAUGCACAAUAGAGGGUUUGGAGGGAAACAUUUUAAAAUCCUUAAGCAUUUCAAAUGUCAUUACCCAUGGGUGUCAGUUUGUUUUGAAAAGUGCUGGGGACAACGAUGGGUCGACAUGUUCACAGCUAACUAAAGGCUUUCAAAAAGUGGUGGGGAUGAAAUGGGCCACGACAAAAAGUGGUGGGGACAUGUCCCCAGCAUCCCCAGCCUAAAUUACGCCUAUGUCAUUACCUCUACUUUAUUUUAGCACAUUUACUAUUUAGCAUUUUAGCUAAGUACUUUGAGGGGAAUCCAGAUUUGUUAAUUGCAAGCUUAAUGCCUUGUCCCCUUGUUCACUUUGACAUCGGGCAGCAAAAAGUGUAAAGCUACCGCUCUGUUCAAUGUGAAUCUGUUGUCAAUAUGUAUAAAGCAAGUAUGUCGCAUUGCUACCUUCAGAAAUCAUAUUUUAUACCAGUUUAAGGUAUAUUGGGCGCCCUCUCUGAUCCCCAGUCUGAGACGAUCCAAAGCCAGUGUAUUUCUCAUCUACUACAUGCUUAUGAAAUUGUGAAAUUAGCUAUAGGUAGCUGAUGCACAGUGCAUAUGACGCACCAAACCUAUAUGUGGUUAUUGUCUCACUACAGAAAUGUUUUGAUAUUGUAUGUGCAUAAAUCUUCAGUUGUAUUAAUGCUGUACAUCCCUUGCUGUUUAAACCACUUCAGAGCAUAUCUAGAUUUUUUUUUUUUAAGUUGACAAAUUUUAUGUAAUGAUGUGUAAACCAAUUAAGAUAGUUUAAAAGUUUUGUGUUUUGCAUAUUGUAACAGCAGACUGUCAAACUAUGGGUAAUAGACACCACUUCUAAUAAUUUAGUUGCUAGUUUGUACUGAGCUGACCUCUUUCCCUGUGCGGUUCUCUAUAGGCUGUUACUUGAUCACUUUCUGUAAUGUUUCCUUUUUUCUGUGUAAUGACUGCUUCAGCCUAUAUUAAAGAGAAAUUCUGCAAACACCUGUGUCCCCUUGCUACUGAAGAAUUGAAAUUUGAAAUUUGAUUUUUUUGGGAAUUUUUUAAGAUGGUAUGUAUAUACUCUCUUCAUGACUCAAUGUCUGUAUGUGUCACAAGCCAUCAAAAUCUGUCUUCUCUCUGGGCUUCUUUAACUGAACCAGCUUGGGGGGGGAGGAUAAGGAUAAGGAUAAGGACAUCUCCAACAGAUUCAGAUUUGUGAAUGCACCACAGAGUUUGUGUCACAAUUGCAUCAGUAAAAGAAAUUCCUUUGUCAAUGCAGUAAAGUCAUCCCUUGCACACUGGUUCAACCAAUAUUUCUAGCAUUUCUAGUCAAAUUGUACAUACACCACUGCUUUG